AUGGAGUUGGAGCGACCCAGAAAGAUAAAAUAUCCGAAAUCACGUGAACUUACACCACCACCACCCACAUUGACCCUUGACGAAUUGGAAGAACGAUUUACAGAUGCUGACAAGCUCCAACCAUUAACACCGGGGACUGAAAAAGAAGGUACAACAAGAAAGGUGGAAAGUGAGGAUACAUCUGCCAAUGAAGAAAAUGUAAAAUCAGAAGAGAAACUUUCCGACACUAUUUCAACAGACAAAUCAUCUACUGAUUCAAAAGAAAUUAACCAGAUGGAAAAGACAAUGGGAUGUGGUGAGAGGACAAAUAGUGAGAUUUUAUCCAGAACGAAAAAGGAAGAGAGUGUGGAAAGUAUGGUUUGUAUUCCUGUGGAUAAAAUAUAUCCUGCUCCAACAACAUUUUCAUCCAGUUCACUUAUGGAUAGCGAAGAUGCAAUAAAGACAGAUGAUGCAAUCAAGGACAUAGCAUCGAGUAUUUAUCCAUAUAUGCAGUUGAAUGAAAUGAAGGCAGCGGCUUCCCAAAAGAUCGACGAAUUGUCGACGUUAACUUAUUCGGCACGAGUACAAGAACAUAAUGUAACUGGCAUGCGGCAAACACCGCCUGUGUCGUCGGAAACUCAUGGUAAGGUUAUGGAUGAACGCAUAGCUAUUGCGGAUCCAUCUCUUUUCUUGGAAUACAAUGAAUAUGGAUUGCUGACGGAAAACCAAUUAUUAACGUUUUAUCAAAACGAACUAUAUGAAUCCGUGGAAGAGUUUGUGGAUGAAUUUCUGGAACAUGACGAAUUUCCACGGCAUAGUUUGCAUGAGUAUUUGAAACGAUAUAAAAAAGUGUGCGAGCAUAUUGACGCUAAAGAAAUUGAUGUUAUGGAUUGUGAACAACUAGUAAAAGAAUGUGCCCAAGCAUCAUGGACAGCUGAAAAUCGAGUUAUCAAGCAAGAAGGGCGAUGUGGAGAACAGAAAUAUGCAACAGGUAGUUCCAAUUAUUUAGUCGCGACAUUUCAUCCUGAAAAAGCCACAGAAUUAUCUCGCUUGUUGAAGCGUGACGUAUCUUCCCGUCUUGAUUCGUCGUUAAGUUUACAAAUCCAGAUGCGCUCUCUUGCAUUACAAAUUCAGUGGCAUAUUCUUGAGUACAACAAUACUUUUAUGAUGGAACAUCGUUGCAAUAUAGAUAGUCCACCAUGUUUUCUCCCUGGUGGUGCUGAUACUGUAAGUAGGCGAAAUCUUCGUAAUGCACUUUCGGAUUUGUUCCACUAUUUACGUUAUCCAGAUCUUUCUUCACGGUUCAUAACUGCCGUUUCUGGAUGGAUCAGUGAAUUGGUAGCUGUUCUUCUGAAAGCAUGUACCUCCUUUGACCAGCAGUAUUUGUUAUGUCAAGUGCUUCGUCUAGUUUCACCAGUAUCUCAAUGGGCAGCACCAUUACUUCAGUCGUAUAUCGAAAUUGACAGCAUGAAUGAUCGUCUUAUUAUUGAUAAUUAUAUAGUAAUGAUGAGUUUGCUGCUUUCAUCCAUACGAGGCCGUGAAAAUUUUUUGCGACGUAUGAUAAAUGUUGAAAAUGAAAACACUGCUUGGGUUGUUAUAAAUGACGACGGAGCCGAGAAAGAUGGAUCUGUACUAACCAUAAGUGAGACCGAUUUGAUUGCAUUUCUCAACCAGUUUAGCGCUGAAGCUGCUUUUGCUAAAGCAGUUCGAUGUUUCGCUAUCACUUUGAGGUCAAAUCCAUUUAAUCAGGCUUUAACUUUGAUUGCUUUUGAAUUGGUGCUCAUUAAAAUAUUUAACGAUGGCUUAUGUACCUAUGGCAUAUCUAACUAUCGUCAAUUUUGUAAACGAAUUGGCUGUGCGUUACACCAAAGCGUCAUAUGUUCAGCAGAAUUUUUGAAAGUUAUCAAAGAUACGUUAUCGAUUGCUGAAGCAGAAAUAGUGCAGAAAGAAUUCGAUCGCAUUAUUCUACAUGCCGUAUAUUAUAUCGUUACCAAGCAGAAUAGUUUCAGCCUUGGUCUUUUGCAAUUUAUAGUAGGCUUGCCAUAUAAUUUUGCAAGCGAAACAUGUCGAAUGCGUUGUCAAAUAUUGCUGAGGCGAAAAAUGGCAAUAACAAUAGCGCAGUUGUACCAAUUUUCAGAUGAAGACUUGCCUAAUUUAGUUGAAAAAGCUGGCAGUUUAUUUGACAAAUUACCGGAUUUAUCCAGUGACGAUUGCGUUUAUAUGAUUUCGGCUUUAGCAGCCAUCAUUUCUGCAUCGAAUUUAGAUGUCAACUCGUUUGUCGUUGAAAUAUUGAAGGUGUGCUUUCUUGAUGUUUCUACGCGCGAUCAUUUUUAUAAAGUUGGUGCCGAAACUAUUGGAAUUCUUGUUGAUAAGCAUCCAUAUAUCCUUCAGAAGAUAUUACUUUUUGUUGAUCGAAAUCUCGAUUCCCUAGAUGAAUAUGCAGUAGAAGUGCUGUCAAUGGCACCUUUGUCAAAAUGUCGCUUAUCGGUAGAUGAUGUCGGCAUAAUAUGUGGAAAAUGGUUAAUUAACAGGCCACCAAAUCACCCUGCGUCCAGAAUUGCCAGGCGUGUGCUGGGUUCUAUGAAUUGGGGAACAGAUGAAAAUGGAAAACUUUGGUUGCAAUCUGAAGUGCACAUUGUUUGUGCUGAUACUUUAGUUAAGGGGCAUAUGGCCCAGUGUAAAGCAACUAAUGGAUUAAUUUCGAAAUCCUGGAAUAAAGUCGCUAAACUGGCAUCGAAAGUACCUGACUAUGAGCAUCAGUUUGAUGCUUUCUGUUGGGAUAUUUUGGUACGAUUGAAAUUACCCCUGCAGGCAGAUACUUCCAAUAUCCAGUCGGUGAACGAUCUCGCCUUCUUCUUCGUUUUUGUUAUGCAGCGAUCAUUAUUAAGUGUCGAUGAAUUUUUAUCAUCAGGCUUAUCAUUAUGGUCGGAACUUAUUACAUCUGGUUGCUAUGUUGGAUCAGUAGUAAUUCUUUCACGACUUAUGUCAUCAUUUCCAGAUGCAGUCACCAUUUUAAUCUCGCAAGAAAUCUUCACACAGUGUCUUGAUCGAUUACUUUUGUAUGAUUUGUCCUCAUAUGCGAUUCAACUUAUUGCUGGCGCCAAUAAAUUUCCUGGUCCAACUAUUCGGCUUUUAGGUUCAGCUAUUGCGUACCAUAUAAAUGAGAAUUUUUCGCAAGUACAGUUGAGCGGCUGGAUACAAUUGUUGUGCUGCAAAAGGCCUACUCAAUGGAACACCGAUAAAUCCACACUUUAUCUGCUAGGAAUACUGGUCCGUACAGCAUUUGCAAGGGAUCAAGCAGAGCUGUUGGGUAUUCCGGAAUUACUUCAAACCAACUAUGACGUAUUGCUACAGCAGUGGAAAGAUGGAUCAAAGGGUAUACUAUCAUGGUUUACAAGUGAUGAUAGUAUUCCUCCUAUCAUUGAUUCUGCAAAUUUGGGCGUUUCACCAUGGGCAUCCUUUGCACUAUUAUUGGCUGAACAAAAGAAUCAUGAAGUCUUUUAUGAAACUUUGUAUCAAGCAAUGAGUAAACAUCCAAAAAAUAGUUUGGAUCAGUCUGUAAAGAAGGCAGCAUCCAAAUCCCAUUUAAACAUUCCAAUUGAACGGCUACACUUUCAUCGGUGGUUACAAUUUGCAUGCAUUGAUAAUAUUAAAGAACAUCCGGUUUUUCCUCUUAUUUUACAGAAUUUGGCAAUUCAUUUAUAUUCAUAUAAAGUAUAUUGGGGAUCAAAAUUUUGUUUCGGCAAAAAGUAUCUUACGAGUUCAUCCAGUAAGUCUCUGUUUGACGAAUUACGAGAAAAGAUUUUGCCUCAAAUGGAGUACAGCAGUGAAAAGAAUGUCUCUCUAUUUUAUAAGGCAUUUGCUCAGUGGUUGUCGAAUCCGGAAAUCUGUGAUAUAUCAUUUCAUGCUUUCAACGAUUUUUUACUGGGCCAUUUACUGCAGUUUAUUGUUGCAAAUGAUUUCCAUCCUUGGUCUGAUUAUAUAAAUAUAAAUGAAAUACGGAAGAAAAUCAGUGAUGAGCAGAAGCUGUAUAUAUUUGCAUGUCAUCUUCGUUCACUUGUGGUCAAUCCUCCAGUAAUCCAAGCUCGUAAUCUUACGCAACUGAUAGCUCAAUUCAGCAAACGCAGUCAGGCAUUGCCUUAUCCGAUGAUACGGCUGCAUUCCACACUGCCGCCAAAAGUUCCUUUCGAUUUGUCUAUUGCAUCUGAUAGCCGCCAUUGUCUUACGUCAUACGCUUCACAUUUAAGAGCAAUCAACGAAGCUGCUAGGGUAUUUGUUGGUACAAAAGAUCAGGUAGAAAUGCUUGAUGACGAGUAUGUCGGUUACUAUCCUGACCUAUAUAGUAAAUCAACAGUUGAAUUAAUUAUUGUGUUGAAAUGUGGUACUACCUUCAGUCGCAAAUGUGCUAAUCCUAUAACAUCUACCGUAACCGUUGCAGCCAGUCAAUAUCAGACAUCUGUGGAAACCAAAAUGAAGGUUAAUCGUCAAAAUAGAUCCGAUGAAUUAGCGAAUAUCUUUUCUAAAUUAUUUGAGCAAACAUCACUUCAUUGUGCUAAUUUGGAAAGUAUAGUGAUUAAAAUGCAUAAUUAUAUGGAAGAUGUUGACUCCCUCUCUACUGUGUACGCAAAACUUUUGCGCGAUGCAGGUCGAAUGCUAUUUUACCAUUCCACUUCUUCCAUCACCUCAUUGGAAAUGAUUUUCCCAGCAGCAGCAGAUUCGUAUGAAUUCGCUUUAGCCAAACUUGGAAAAGCAUUUAUAGCUGAUAACCCACACGAACAGCAUAAUUUAAUGCGUGUUAUCUUAAAUGGCUUUCAUUUAGCUCAUCUUCUGACUCCAUGCUUCACUCCUCAUUGUGUCCCGCCAGCCGAAUUACUUAAUUUAUAUACAUCUUUGAGUAAAGCAGUCCGUAAUCCAGUCACAUCAUCGGCCGCAUUAGCUUUAUUGUCACAACUAGAUAUCAAGAAUGCUGGUGAUAGAUUGCCGCCCCAUCAAUUCUCAGAGCUUAUGCCUGUUGCAUUUGAAAACCUGAUUUCAAUAUCGGAUACCUUGCUGCCGCUAUAUGACGUUUGCGCAAAGCAUUUCAUCCAUUCUGUAUUUCAUCGAUUUCCGAGCAAUUUUAUUGAUGGCCUAAAACUUUCACUUGCUGCGUGCAAUACAAAAAGUACACCAGCUUUCAUAUUCGAUGAAUUUAUCAAAAAACUUGGUGCUGACAAGGUGGACGCAAUGGAUACUAAACCAGAGCAUAUUAUUGAUACUAUGACUGCGUCUACUGCAAGUGGAACAGUUGCUAUACAAUUUAGAAAAUCUAGGAAUGAAUUAUCUACCAGAUUGUACGAUGUUUGGGCUAAUUAUCUACCAAAAGUGUUGCACUUGGCUCAGUUUUUUUUAUACAGUGCAGCAUCUUUAUCAUUUGAUUCUGAACGACCUACUGGAAAACUUGAAUCAGAAUUACGGCAAGUGUUUGAAAAUUGCACGCAAGUAUUUGGCCCACUUCUAGAGCAGUUUGGCCCUGGUCUUCCACCAUGGAGUUCAGCUGAUUCUAAUAGUGCUGCCGUUGUUCUGGAUUACUUUAUAUCGUUGAUGGAACAACUUCAUUUACUGUACGACGCGUAUUUUCCACCUGGUUCUGAAAAUUUGAUAACACUGUUUUGGCGUUACUACGCUGAGAAAUUGGCAUUUUUUACACGUGGCGGUUCUCAUGUGCAUCAAAUUAUUGAAAGUCGUUUUAUCAAUAUUCCAUGGCACUUAUUUUGGCCAAGUUUAUGCGACCUUUCUUCAAUGGACAAAAUUAUGGUUGAUGGCGCACCUGAAAGUGCACCUUUUAUUACUCAAAUUGUUGUUCGUAUUCCGUGGCUUCCUCUCAUACAGUAUCAAGCGCAACAACCCUUAGAUGCACAUCGUGUUUUUUAUUCAUUAUUAUUUUCACUACUGGCAAGUUGUAUCAGUCGGCCAUCCAAUUAUACAAUUUGCCGUGCUUCAUUGCCGAAAUUGAUGAACUCAUUGGGACCAUUUCCAUGGCACUUAAUUGAUUUGAAACAACUUAAAGUUAUUUCAUCUCGUAUUGCAUCCAGUUUUUCAUCAGUAGUCCUGGUUGAACAGGACGAUGUUACGAAUGCUUUUUUCGAGUUGUAUGGUCGCGUUUGCUUCCUUGGGACAUUUCCGGCUGAUAUUGCGGCUGCAGAAGUUUGUGAGAAACAAUCCCUAUAUGUUCGUACUCAACUUGCCUUGAUGCUUAAAAAUUCAGACGAUCGGGCAUGGCUAAAACGAUUUUAUGAAGACCAAAUCAAAGUUGUUCAUAAUAUCGUUUCAUCAACAGGACUAGCAUCAGAAAACCAGAUAUAUUUGUCACGUGAAUUGACGUCAUUCUGGUCUGAGAUAUCUGAUAAUAAAUUCUUAGAAGGUUUUUCAUCAACUUUGUUGCAAUGGUUGGAGAAAAAUCCUAAUUCUUCACUUGUUUUAUUACUAAUGAAUACUGCCGUAGCUUCGUUAAAAAUGAAGCAGAGUUCGAUAGGUCUUCAAAUUAUCGAGAAAUGUAUUACAAUAUAUUUUGGAAGAAUGGGCUUGUGCGAAUGGAAUGUUGUACUAAAGUGGGCUGUAUUACCUGACCAUUGCGGGCAAAUUCUUUUUACUUCACCUAGUUCUGAAAAUAACUUAUUCUUCUUACCAUUGUGCGCAAACACAUUUAUAAUGAAACAACUUAUGUCGUUGACAUCAAUGAAUGAGCAGGAAAAUGCAUUGUUGCGAACGUUGUUGGAUUACGUAACAACUAUCAAACCAAGAUACGUGACCAAUGAAGCAGCAUUCCUACUUUUGGUGGAGAAAUUGCAAAAAUUAUUAUUACGACAAUACAAUUAUUCUGUGACACAAGGCAAUCAGUUUCUAAUGCAGUAUUUGGAAUGGCUUGAACGAGCAUACAGUGAUGACAAGUCAAGCUCGCUUUUUUCUUUGAUUGGCUUUUCAAAAAAGCAACCUUACUCCAUCAAAAUUCGCUACAUAUUCCAUUUGAUGAAUUUAUAUAUAUCACAGCAAACGAUAGCCCCAAACCAGCCACCACGAAAUAUUGUUAAUGCUCCGGUGCUUAAUUGUCGUAUACAAUCAUUCAAGGAGCUGUGCACAUAUAAACAUUAUAUUCCAUUCCAAGCAACUUCGCAGCUGGCUCAACCUUAUUUUGUUCAGGUCGAGAUUUACAAUAUCUCACAUAUGAGUGCAUUGUUUGCGCAUGUUGUUCGAUCGUUAUAUAAUGAAAAAUAUUUGGAGGAAAUGCUUGAUAAUGCCCUAGGUUCUCACUAA